ACACCUUGUUCCCCCUUCACAGUCGCCAAAACGAUUUACUUACCGUUAAACGAUAUGCCCCACAAUGAGCUCCUCACGUUAAGUUCGUUAAAGGAGCUCGUCAACCUCAACGGGCUAUACCUCGCAGGCUUUGGGUGGUUAUUUGGAAUGUCUGUUUGGGUGACUUUCUUUGGAGGCGUGAUUGCGUUUAGGACCCUCCCGAGACAACAGUUUGGCGCUCUCCAGCACAAGACUUUCCCAGUUUAUUUCACCCAGUCUAUCGCUCUUUCCGCUGCCCUGUUGAGCAUUUGGAUCUCCAAGCACCCCAGCGUGCUCGCGAACCUCCACCAACCAAGACUCGCCGAUGUUGCCCAGGCGUAUGCACUCGCUACAGUUAUCUUGGCGCAGGGGUCCAACCUCUUUGUGGUUGGCCCUUGGACCAGCAAGGUAAUGUUUAAGCGCCACAAAUUGGAGAAGGAGGAAGGAGUUCAGUACAAUGAUCCCAAGGCAUCUGCCCAGAUGAAAGCUUUAACCAAGCAGUUUGGAGCACUCCACGGCGUUAGUUCCUUGUUCAACUUGCUGGCGGUGAUUGCACUAGGCCUGCACGGUCUCUGGCUUGGAAAUGCUACCUCCCUGAGCAAUAUCUAAGCAAGAAGGUAUAUCUUUCGCCUUGUAUGUUGUACUUGAGAUCCCAUAUAUCGUACCUUGAUUGGAUAGCUGCCGCUCUCUGGUGUACAAUUGUCGAUGGCGUUGAGCGUGAAUAUGAUUGUACAGUAUUACAUCGAAAGAUUAACAAACGAAGAGAAUUUCAAGCG